AUGCCCAAGGCCAGUGAUACUUUAUGGGAUCUUGCUAUAGCUGAAGUGGAGAAGAGAGAAAAUCCUGAUGAUGAUGAUGAUGAUGUCAAGCCAGGGGAAGUUUGGGAAAGAUCAGUAUUAUUUAUGGGAAACAAAACUGGGGGAAAGACCACUAUCAUACUGAGAUGCCUUGAAAGGGAAGAGUCUCCAAAGCCAACAUUAGCCUUAGAAUAUACUUUUGGAAGAAGGGCAAGGAGACACAAUACACCUAAAGAUGUAGCUCAUUUUUGGGAACUAGGUGGUGGAACUUCUUUAGUAGAACUCAUCCGCAUACCAAUCACUAGCCACAACAUAAGGUCAUUUGCUGUAGUUCUGGUAUUGGAUCUCUCCAAACCAAAUGAACUCUGGACUACUAUGGAGAGCCUUCUGCAGGUCACCAGGAACCACGUGAACAGAAUUUUAACCAAACUAGAAAAGACAAACCCUGAAGUAGCUGCUGAAAUUAAACAGAGAAUGUGGAACAAUCUGCAAAGGGAUCACCCUGACUAUGCAUUAGUUGACCCUUUUCCAAUACCCUUGGCGAUAAUUGGAAGCAAAUAUGAUAUUUUUAAUGAGUUUGACUCUGAAAUGAGGAAAAUAAUAAGCAAGACACUUCGAUUUGUUUCACAUUAUUAUGGAGCAUCAUUAGUGUUUACCAGUAAAUCUGAGGCUCUCUUGCUGAAAGCCCGUGCUCUUAUUAAUCACUUGGCAUUUGGCUACGAUAAAAGCAAGUCUGUAUCAGUGGAUCCCAGCAAACCUCUCUUUAUACCAGCAGGCCUGGAUUCCAUGAGCCAAAUAGGACCACCACCUGCCUCUGACAGUGAUCUUGGAAAGAUGCAUGCCAACACACCUUUGGAACUAUGGAAGAAAGUAUUUGAGAAAACAUUUCCUCCCAAGAGUUUCUGUGAUUUACAAGAUACCAAGGACCCUGCACAGGACAGUCAAUAUGCUGAGUAUGAAGUUGAUGUCAUGAGAGCUCAGAAAAACCAGGUACACCGUAAUUCUCCAAAUGCUGUUCAGAGUCAGGAACUUGAACAAUACAAAAGAAAUGUCUCUAAAUCCUGGAAAGAAAUGGAUUUUGACUCUAACUGA